AUGUCUAAUGAAGAUGCGAUUGCAAACACAACAACUGCAGCUAGAAGAACAACAACGGCAGCUAGAAGAACAACAACAGCAACAGAAACAACAACGGCAACAGCGAGAACAGCGAUGGCAACGGCGACAACAGCGAUGGCAACAACAACAGCAACAGCAAGAGCAGCAAUUGCAACAGCAAGAGCAGCAGCGGCAAGAGCAAGAGCAGCAACGGCAAGAGCAAGAGCAGCAACGGCAACAGCAAGAGCAGCAGCGGCAACUACAAAUGCAGCGGCAACAAUGGCAAGAGCAGCAAUGGCAACAGAAAAAGCAGCAAUGGAAAUCGCAAAAGCAGCAAUGGAAACGGCAAAAGCACCAAUGGCAACGGAAACAGCAAUGGUCAAGAUGAUGAUGGAAAUAGUAAAAACUACAACUAUAUACAACAGGAGUAGGAUUGAUUCCCUAUAG